GGUUGGUAGUAUUAUAAUUACGACAGUUUGGCCUUGCUCAAAGAUAUGCUCAUAAACUACUGUUCAUAAUAUACACAGUGUUCAAAUAGAAUCUUUAUGUGCCGAUUAAACGAAAGUAUCAGAUAUCUAAUGCGUGGUAUAAAAAGAGCGCGUACUUUAGUGGACAGCUCAAGGUACAUUCGUUUAAUAUCAAUACAACUGAGUGUAAAAUGUUUGAAUGUAGACUGUGCUGGUAUUAAAUAUUUGAAGCCUCCAACAUGUCGCGAUAUGCGGCCCAGAUGUUCGAGUGGGACGAACGGCAGGGCCUGAACAUGAAGGAGUAUUUCCGGCUUUACAAGGACAGGUUCCCCAUGCUAGGGGUCAUACUUGAGGGAUGGUACGGCGACACGCGCUUUGAUUGCUAUGACAACUUGCAGGUGGUUCGGAUCCAUAGCUACUCUUCACAGCCUCGGGUGGUGAUCCGCGACUCCAACUCUCCGGACUUCCGGUUCCUCACACUUCCGGUAGACAGUCAGGUCAAGUUCCAGUUGGUCAUGGGCCCGAACAAGUUUGGCAAUAUCAAGACCAUGGAUUUCCUCCUCGAUAACCACGAGUUGCCGUUCCUGGUGAAGCUCGCGUGUCACGAAGACCAUCAAUUCAAGAUCGGAACCACCCGAUGUAGCGCGAGCUCGUUCGGAAACCUUCUCAUUACGGAGAAGUACCUUGAACACUAUUACAUGGUGAACUGCAUUGAUGGAGCAGAUCCAAAGAUGAACCCCAUAGUUAACCUUAUUUACCUGACAGAAAACCUGUCGAUGGCCCCUGUCACAGGCCUAAAGAACCGUCCUAAAGCGGACUUUGACGCGUACAUGGGAAAACUGGACCAAGAGGCGGUCGGAAUCGUGUAUGACAUAAAAAUGGGAAACCCAGAUUUCGCUGAGUACGAUACUCGCAAGAUUGACCCUAUGACGGGCGACGGAGGUAUACCUACUAUUGACCCUCCGGCAAUCCCCGGUCAGAUUUUGGAAGAGGAUGGUGACUAUAAUGAGAUUCCACCUGAGUUGCCUACUAGAUCAAAACCACAGAUGGAAGCACAAUCAUUGGCAACACAAGAUCCGGCACAUAAAGAUCCGACACAUAAAGAUCCGACACAGAAAGUUCCGAAACAUAAAGAUCCGAAACAUAAAGAUCCGAAACAUAAAGAACAGAAACAUAAAAAACCGAAACAUAAAGAACCGAAACAUAAAGAUAAACCGGCAAAGGCGGAGAAAAAACCAGCGCCUGUGAGCGCUAAGAAACCAAAGCCUCCUCCGGCAGUACAGUCACCUCUUGCCGUGGCGGUGGAUGUAAGCGACGUAAAGAGCCCGGAUCUUCCGGUUCGCAGGCCUCUACCGCCGCCGAGCAACGCGCCCCUGUACAAACAAGGGUCGGUACCGUAUGCCAACACGUCCGUUGGCCGCGCAACAGUACGUCCCUUCACGACAAAUAGUAUGGAACCGGCAGUAAAUGACGUCAUUGAUGACGCUGGUUCUUACGAACUCGUUGAAACAGCAGAUACAGUGUACUCAGAGGCUUACGGUGACGCCAUAUCUGUCUCGAAGGAAAGUGAAAACAAAAGUCAUAUUUCGGAUGGGAAUUAUGUGAAACUCGGUAUGUCAGCGGUGACGCCUUCUUCUUACCUGAUGACGCAGAUAUUGAAUACAGAUCAAGACACUACGUCAACCAACAUGGAAAGAAUUAAAACGUUGACAAUAAAUGAAAUAGGCGACAUUUUGAGGCUUUUGAAACUCGACGAAUACGUAGAAACAUUUAAAGAUAACCAAGUUGACGGUGCCAUUUUGACGAGUCUCGAACGUGAUGAUUUAGUCAACGAGUUGGGGAUGAAGAAACUUCAGGCGACGAGACUUUUUAUGUACAUGUCUGAAGGCCACAUCCCAAAGUGAUUUCAUUCCAUUUUGUGUAUGAAUCACCUUACGCGGAAUGCUAAUGUAUGCAAUUCUUUAAUACCGAGUGCAUAAAUAAAAUAUUCCGGCAUACGGCUAUUAUGAUA